AUUACUCUGAUCUCAGGCGUAACACUCCAAUCCUUCUCCCCCCAUUGUUCCCACGUUUUCCUCUCCUUUGGUGGUUCGUCUCAUCACCAUAUAAAAUUAUAUGAACCUUUUCUCUUUCUUUUUCUUCCUUUCUCUCUCUACUUUUUUUCAGCCACUCAUCAUGCUCUGCAUCUUCGACCAUAAAUCCUCUUUUGGCUCUACUUUUCUCUCUCUUGUGGGUCCUCUGCGUGCUCUCUCUCUCCUUCAUUUGACCUGUUUCUCAUUCAUGGCCUUCAUUUUCUCCACGCCUUAAUAUUCCAGAAUUUGGUAUAUAAACCCAACUAACGUGCACUGUCACUCUCUAAUUUCUGGGUUUUCUCACCUCAAUGGCGUCAGUAAGGGGUGGUUUCUCUCUUUUCGAAAAGAUCGAUAAUGGCACCAUUAAUGGGAGUUGCAGGGCUAGGUCCCCUUUUGAGAUCUCGGGUUAUAGAAAAUAUGUGGGGGUUUCAAGCAAUUUGAGGUUUGUGAGAGAUGGGUUUUGUAGAGAGAGAAGUAAGAAGGGGAGAGGGAGUUUGGUAGCAAAGGCAGCUGGAAAAGACCUCAACAAUGAGGAAGGAGAUGUUACAGAGGAUGCUCUUAAUGCCACACUUGAGAAGAGCAAGAAGGUCUUGGCUAUGCAGAAGGACCUUCUACAACAGAUUGCAGAAAGAAAGAAAAUUGUUUCUUCUAUAAAAAAGAACAUUGGUAGUCCAGAGUCAGAGGUUAGUGCUUCUACUGGAAGUGAUAUGUCCAAAGAUUCAGAUGGGGCUUCAACUGCUGGGGACAGCGAUACCAAAUAUGAUAGAAGUGGGAGGUUUUUUAAUGAUUUUGUUCAAUCUACUAAAACUGAAGUUUCAAAAAUCUCAUCAUUUAUUGCAACUGAGGGUACUAAAAAGGAACGUGUAGAAGGUGUGUCUCAUCAAAGGUCAAAACAGGAUGAGGAAAUUAAGGAAACAUCCCCAGGGACUGGUGAUAAAUCUGUCCAAUCUAAGGUAGUGCCUCAGGUGUUACCUCAAGCCUCUAAACCCUAUGGCUUGGUGAAAGAAGAGCUUAAAGAGAUGCAAACAGUAAAAUCCGAUGUGGUGGAGGAAGCAGAGAGCAAACCAGAGCCUGAGGAAAAAGAUUCCAAGCCCCCCCCAUUGGCAGGAGCAAAUGUCAUGAAUGUCAUUGUGGUAGCUGCAGAAUGUGCUCCUUGGGUGAAAACAGGUGGACUGGGAGAUGUAGCUUCCGCUCUACCAAGGGCUUUGGCAAGGCGUGGGCAUAGAGUCAUGGUUGUGGUCCCACAUUAUGGUGAUUACCCUGAAGCACAGCCUACAGGAAUAUAUAAGUGGUACAAUGUAGCUGGGCAGGACAUGGAAGUAUCUUAUUUCCAAGGAUAUAUAGAUGGCGUGGAUUUUGUUUUUAUUGACAAUUAUAUCUUUAGGGACCUGCCAAAUAACAACAUAUAUGGGGGUGAUCGUUUGGAAGUCUUGAAACGCAUGGUUUUGUUUUGCAAAGCUGCUAUCGAGGUUCCUUGGCAUGUGCCAUGCGGUGGUGUCUGUUAUGGAGAUGGGAAUCUGGUGUUCAUUGCAAAUGACUGGCACACAGCUCUGUUGCCAGUUUAUCUUAAAGCAUACUAUCGUGACAAUGGGUUGAUGAGUUAUACUAGAUCGGUUCUCGUGAUCCACAAUGUGGCACAUCAGGGUCGGGGCUCAGUUGAUGAUUUUCACUUGGUGGGCUUGCCGGACCACUAUGUUGAUCUCUUCAAACUCUAUGAUCCAGUUGGUGGGGAGCAUUUCAACAUCUUCACCGCUGGUCUAAAGACUGCCGAUCGAAUCGUAACUGUCAGCCAUGGAUAUGCAUGGGAAGUGAAAACCCAAGAGGGAGGUUGGGGUCUGCAUAACAUAAUAAAUGAAAAUGAUUGGAAACUUAGAGGGAUAGUCAAUGGAAUUGACACAAAGGAGUGGAGCCCCGAAUUAGACAUUCAUUUCAAAUCUGAUGGCUACACCAACUACUCUCUAAACACUCUAACUACAGGUAAGCCCCAAUGUAAGGCAGCUUUACAAAGAGAAUUGGGUUUACCUGUUAGAAAAGAUGUCCCUUUAAUUGGGUUUAUAGGGAGACUCGACCACCAAAAGGGCGUCGACCUUAUUGCUGAAGCCAUGCCUUGGAUGGUGAGUCAAGACCUCCAAUUGGUGAUGUUGGGAACUGGAAGAGCAGACUUAGAGAACAUGUUGAGGCAAUUCGAGGGCCAAUACCGAGACAAGGUUCGAGGUUGGGUUGGAUUUUCAGUUAAAACGGCUCAUAGGAUAACUGCUGGUGCUGAUGUCAUAUUGAUGCCUUCGAGAUUUGAGCCAUGUGGGUUGAAUCAGUUGUAUGCUAUGAGGUAUGGGACUAUACCGGUAGUCCAUGCAGUAGGUGGGUUGAGAGAUACUGUUCAGCCUUUUGAUCCUUUCAAUGAGAGGGGCCUUGGGUGGACUUUUGAUAGCGCAGAUUCGGGUCGAUUGAUACAUGCUUUGGGCAAUUGCUUAUGGACUUACAGGGAUUAUAAGAAAAGCUGGGAAGGUAUUCAAAGGCGAGGUAUGAUGCAAGAUCUAAGUUGGGACAAUGCGGCUCAACAGUAUGAGGAAGUAUUGGUGGCUGCUAAGUACCAAUGGUGAUCUUUUUAUGAGAGUGAGUAUUUCUCUUUUUUGAUCUCUUGAUGAGAAAAUUGAGUGAUUUCACUCUAUAGAUUUUGCUCACUUAAUGGGUAGUUGGCUGCAAUGGCAACUUUGUUGAGCUUCUUAUGUUAGAGAGAAAAUUGAGUGAUUUCACUCUAUAGAUUUUACCCACUUCAUGUGUAGUUGGCUGCAAUGGCAACUUUGCUGAGCUUCUUAUGUUAGAGCAGUGUUCUCUGGUGAAAUAUCUUCAGAUAGCUUAGAGAUAGCCAUGCCCUGUAUGCUGGUAUAUGUGGUUCGACAAUUUUCAUUUUAUUUAUUUUAUUUUUUAUUUUAGUAUUUACGAAAUGUAAAAUAGAUCCCUAUUCUGAUCUCACGGACAAUCCGAGCUUUAUUGCUAGUUUUGUUGUUCUC